AUGGGAAGCAAGGAGCACAUCCCAGUUGUUAGUGUCUACACCGGAUAUUUUCCUAAAGAGGUCGAAGGCGAGUAUGUGCCACGGGGAGUUCGGAGGAAGAAGAAAAAUGAAAAAAAAAAAGGAGAAAGAAACUAUUCCCUCCUCCACUUCACACCGUCGUCCACCCAUCUUCUUCCUCUCAUCCUCGCCGGAACCGCCAUAGCCACCCAAACACAUACCCUUUCCACCACUCCCGUUUCCACUUCCUCCGCCUUCCGCCGGAGACCUCUUACACAAACCACAUCUCCACGCCGUCUCCGCCCUUCGCCAACCGAACACGUCACUACCUUCACCAGCGUCACACGAUACAACCCACCGCACCUCCGUCGAACCACAACAGCGCGCACUCACCACCGCCACUACGCCAUCUUCACCGGUCAACCUCCGCCGUGUAUCUCCUACCCUCUGGCACAACCAAAUCAACACCAUCGAAACCAUUUCGACCUAACCUUCACACCGCCAUCACCUAUCCCCCAUUUCCGGCACCAUCAAUUUCAAAUUCGGCAUUGUGACCUCCGACAAUAUCGUCGCCAUGUUUUCGGUCUCGCGGUUUUUCCGUUUCGAGCUUGGCUUUGUUCGCAUUGCAGAAUGACUUUCGUGUGUUUGGUUGCGUUUAGAGCUUGUGUGCGUGCUAUGUUGUGGCUUGAAAUGCAGAGUAUACUACUUUAUAAGUUAUAGUAUUAUGUAUUAUUUUAUAAGUUACAGUUAGUAAGGAGGUUGAAAUAAAGAAUUGGAUUUUAAAGAGUUUUUCUUGGUUACCGUAGAAAACGUUGCCGGUUACAUUUGUUUUACAAGUGCGAGUAGUAAUGGCUAGAAAUGCAUGUCAAUAUUUUAUUUUAAAACAUAUGUGAAUCCAUACUCUGUUUCUUCUUUCUUUUA